UUAUAUAUUUAUUUACUUCUCUUGUUUCAAUCCUAUCCAUAUUCAUAUUAAAUAUCGUGAAUUGUAUUUUUAAUUUAAAACUCAACCAAUUUUUAAUUCUUCACAAUAUCUAAAUAGAUAGAUAUACCAGUAAUUUAAAUUAUUAGUUUAAAUACGACUAUGGCAACUGCUAUAACGCAAAAGAAGACCGUGGGUUCUAACAAUGCACCAUCUGGUGGGGUUCGUAAAAAAUCUGGUCCCAAAUUUGAACUAUCUGAGGAACAGAGGCGCGAUAUAAAAGAAGCCUUCGAUUUAUUUGACACAGAAAAUACAGGUAAAAUUGAUACAAAAGAAUUAAAAGUAGCCAUAAGAGCCCUAGGGUUUGAGCCUAAGAAAGAAGAGAUAAAAAAAAUGAUUGCUGAAAUUGACAAAGGUGAUGGAAAAGUAUCAUUUGAAGAUUUCCUUGACUUGAUGACACUAAAAAUGGCAGAGAAAGACACCAAGGAAGAGAUUAUGAAGGCAUUUAAACUUUUUGAUGAUGAUGAGACAGGAAAAAUUUCUUUCAAAAAUUUGAAACGAGUAGCAAAAGAGCUAGGUGAGACCUUAACAGAUGAAGAGCUUCAUGAAAUGAUCGAUGAAGCAGAUAGAGAUGGAGAUGGUGAAAUAAAUCAAGAUGAGUUCUUACGCAUAAUGAAGAAAACAAGUCUCUAUUAAUUUUAUUUUUACUACUACUACUUCUAUGGGAUCACUACACAACAAGCUUUAUCUUGCAUUUUUUAGCAACAAGAGUGAAUCUAUUUUUAUGGGCUCAUUUUACUGUGUACUUAAUAUGUCUAGUUUGUAAGUGAAUAUUAUUAUUUAAUUAAAAGGUGUUUUUUCUCUUUUCACAUGUGAGAUAAUCAUUACAGAUCUCUUAUUUAGCUUCUUUACUUCUUAAGUUUGAAAUAUUUUAAUACCAAAGAUUACUAAAAUAAAAUUAGAGAAUGUAAGUCUACAUAUCCUUCAAAUGUUUUAUACAUGUUACCUCGAGUUGGUAUCUAAAUUUAAAUACUUUAAUAUUUACAGUGACUUUGUUUGCAUAUACUUAAUUUUAGUUAAAUAUUUAAGAUCAGGUUUGAUUAAGUGUGUUUGUUAUUCUUAUAUUAAGUUUUUUUGAUUUCAUUCUCAUCUUCAUAUGUUACAUAUUUAUUCUGGAAAUGGUGUGAAAUCUUUUUAUUUAUAUUUGAUCAAAUGUAACCAACUGUGGCACAUUGUAAGAAUUAAUAUAUUGUGUUUAUUUUUAAAUGACUAAUUUUAAUAAAACCAAUUAAAUGUAUGUUAUAUUGUAUAACCUAUAGUAGGUAUUCAAUAUUUUUGAAGUCUUAUUUUUAUUUGCCUAAACUAAGAGAAUAUAUUCAAUUCACUGUUGGAGAAAUCUAUUAGUAAAUACAUAUUCAGUAUUUCAAGCUGUUUGUUUAUACAAAAAUGUAGUAUGACUAUGGUAUCUAUUUCAUUUCUUUUUUUUCUAUUGCUAUAAAUUGUGUACAAUAUUUUAAUAGCUGCUUUUACAGUAAUAAUAUAAUAAUAAAAUUAAAAGAUUGAAUAUAGUUACCUGAUGUUCACUGGUAUUUAAACAUAAUUAUGAUUAAUGUGUCAUCAGAAGUUACACUACUAAGUAUUAACAUUUGUCGUU